GAUAGCUCACACCUAUCUCGCCGUAGAGCGUUCGAAUAUGGUGUGCUUCUGAUAGUGCCACAUGUGCACGCCUCCGACCACCAAAAAGGUGAGCAACGCCUGGAACGGUUGGCUUGAUGAGAGAGAUCUGGCCCCGGGCGAGGUCAUUUCCAACUGGCUGAAGCGGCACACACAGCGGGGCCUUUCUCUUGCAGCUGAGUACGCCAAGCUCGGCUACGACAAAGCCCUUGAGCGUGCGGAUGUGGCCUGGUCUGCGCGGUCCCUCUUGGACAGCGGCAGCCCCGCCCAGGAGGCCAUCGACCUGAAGCAGAAGUGCGACCAGGCGGUGGCCGCGGAUGCCGCGCUCAUGCAGAUGCUCACGAGCCUGUCCUCGCAAUACCAGGAGGAGGCGAAGUUCGCAAAGGACCUGGAGAUCUGCAAGGCCGUGGGCGCUUGGUCCCAGCGCUACGGCCAAGCCGCAGAGACGCUGGGCCCGUCGCCAGCUGCCCCGCAACGAUCUGCGGUGGAGCAGGAUGCCAUCUACUUGCUGCAGCUGAGGCAGGCGCAAUCGCGGGUGGCGAACAAGCUGCUUGGGGCGCCGGUGAAGGGGACUGAAGGCUACAAACCGGCCACCUCAAGUUCUUCCAGGCCGAGUGCCCGGAGCGAGGCGUCCAAGGAGCAGGUGCAGAAGCUCCUGCAGCGGCUGUUUGAGCUUCACGACUUGAGGGCCAAUGGAGUGCUGGAGGAGGAUGAGCUCAUCAAGAUGAAUGAGAAGGUGUCUCUACUCCAUUACGGCAAGGACGGCACGGACAAGCAGGCCAUCAGAGAGAAGUUCCAGGGCGUUUUUCGCGAGCAGCUCGACCCAAAUGGGCAGCCGGUUCCCUUCAGCGUCUUCCGGGACUACAUGCAGGGAAUGCUCAUGUCCAUCGACCCAAAUCCUGAUGCUCAAGUGAUGAUGGUCGAGCAGUUUAUUGCCGAGGCUGAGAGCGCAAGAGAAGCGUUUCGCUUCCCGUCCCUGGUGAGUGAGUCCGACCAGUUCUUCUUCCCUGAGGCAAAGGCAGCUCCAAAGCCGGAGGCCAAGAAGGAAGCGCCUAGGCACACUAUGGCUGACCGUGUGGCCGACCAUGUGGCCAAUGAGGCAUCACGUGAUCAACCAAGACAGCCAGGGCCUCAGGCAGCCGCGCCGGCGGCGGCCAAACCACCGGAAGUUCCUGCUGACAGUUUGCCAACUGGCCACCAGCCUGAGCAGACCUUCGGCCAAAGCGAGUCGGCUUCUGGAUCAUCGCCGGUGUCUGGCUUUCUGAAGGGCGAUGCGUUACAGGUCUGGAGCAACUCGAAGAGCAGCUGGCGGGAUGGACAAGUCCUGGAGGUCUUUCCCAAAGCUUGCCAAGCAGAGGGCUACUCAGUGCCUGCAGGCACUCUGAAGGUCUCCUUCGAUGCUGGGACCAUCAAGUGGGUCAUGCCUGGCCAAGUUGCAUCUCUCCUGAGGCGGCGGCCCGAUGGCUGACAUACCUCGCAAAGCUCCGGGUGAG